CGUUGUAAUCGUCUUUACCUAAGAGAUGUGUUUUCUCGUGCUCCGAGUCUUUUUGGGAUUCCUCCUCUGUGCUCAGUGCCAGUGCUCAGAGUGUCCUCUCGGCUGUGAGUGUUUUUCUGUGACUCGCACAGUGAAAUGUGUCUCCACGGAUCUGCUCACAGUGCCAGAAAAAAUUCCAGGAUAUUCAAGGAAUGUCAUCAUCAAAGGGAACAAUAUACAUCAGAUUGGACCUCAUGCGUUUACAGAGCUGGAGAAUGUCACUAACAUCAUUUUAAGCAAUAAUAGGAUCACAGAGAUGGCAUCCCACAGCUUCUCUGCCCUCCUCUACCUGCGCUUCUUGGACCUCAGCGGGAACACGCUGGCUCUCAUCCACCCAGAAGCCCUCAGCAUACCUGGCAGUCCCCUUCAGGAGCUCAACCUGAGCCGCUCGCUGCAAAACUACACCGCUCUCACAGACCUUACAACGGCUCUUCGCUGGGGCGGCCUUGGGGGUCUGCUCCACCUCGACCUCUCUGGGAACAACCUGGCUCUGCUGCCGCCCGGCAUGUUCUCCCACCUCCCUAACCUGCAGCAGCUCUUACUCACCAACAACUCCCUGGUGGCCGUCUACAGUGGGACCUUCUCUGGCAUGAACCAUCUGCAGGUUCUGGACCUGACACAUAAUGACUUCAGGACCUUCAGGGAUGAUGCUCUGCAGGAGAUUGAGAAGCUUGGCAACAUCCGGAUCCUUCUCGGUGACAACCCCUACACAUGCUCCUGCGAAAUCCGUGAGUUUGUGUCCUGGCUGAACGAAUCGAGAGCUCAGGUUGAUGUGGAAGCUGUGAGGUGCACCUCCCCAAGUAAGUUAAGUGGCACCCAGGUGCGAGGGCUUGGCAUCCAGGCCAUUGGAUGCGUUGGUCCAGACCAAGCUGAGGUGGCGGACCUUUCUCUGCAGACCUCCUAUGUCUUCCUUGGGCUGGUUCUAGGGUUUGUGGGCAUGGUGUUUCUUUUUGUGCUCUACCUGAAUCGAAAAGAUAUGAAGAAAUGGAUCAUUGACAUGAGAGAUGCAUGUCAGGACGUCCUGGAGGGGUAUCAUUAUCGCUUUGAGAUUGACUCAGAUCCUCGGCUGGGGCACAUCCAGGCGGGUAACGUGGGCUGCAGAGUACAGGGGCAUUUAGGAUCUGCUCCAUCACAGGAACUGCCAAAUGACACGUGCAUUCUCAAGGUCCCUGCAGAUACACAAGUCAAACAGGUGACAGCCUCUUCCACAAUGCUCCGUUAGAGCUGGUGAGAGAGAAAUAUGUAAAUGUAAAUAGAUAAUGCUGAUAGAUUCACUGUAAAACUACAAGUUUCCAAUUAAUAGAUAGCAGUUAUAAGCUCACCUUAAAGUGCCUUUUUUAUUCAGGCACCAGAGCAUUAUAUAUGUAUAUUUACCUCAAUAGUGUGUGUUUAUCAAAUAUUUUAUAAAACAUAUAAUACACAGGAUGUAUUAAAAAAAUACAUCUAGAAUUGUGUUUUUUCUUUGCUGUUUGGUUUUAGCCUUUUAAUAUGUUAACAUGAGCAGAAAAUUGCCUGAAUGGGAAACGGCAUCGAUGGCAUGAAAAACGUAUGUUCAUAUUAGAAACUGUAUACACAUUUUACAAUAGAUCUUGAUUAGAUUAUGUACUUUGAAAUUUAAAAAAGCGUGAAUUAAUGGUGUGUGUCCAUUGUGCUAGAAUUUAAAUGUGGUUUGAAUUAUUUGAAAAGAACUAGAUGUUUAAUGCCACUUUAUGACAUUAAACUUGUUUUUCAAUUUGUUAUAAAUAAAAACAACUUGAUGAAU